CGUGGAGCGGAUCACAUUCUUCGUUGUUCCCGCUGCAUCACGUACAGGUUAAUGGGCUUUUGACUGGGUUUUUAAAAAAUAAUCGUCACUCUAAGGCGCAGUAUCAUUUUCAUUUAACUGUCAUCCAUGAGAUUCUUCAGGCUUACCUUCAAGUGCUUCGUCGACUGCUUUUGAGUCUCCUCCGUCAAAGGCUGAACUGACCGCGGCGUUUUACAAAAUUUUCCAUCUCUUGGCUCAGCUGAGGGGUUCCAACGUGUGAUAAUCAUAAAAACUGAUUUUUUUUUUAUUCCAAGAAGGCAAAAUAAAAACUCAGAUAACAAGAAAGACAUCUGGAACACUGCAAAGCUGUGGCUACAUCUCUGUCUGCCUCUCUGAGCCCACAGGGUGCCUUGGUAGCCUGGCACAUUUUUGAAACUUCAUCAACCCCUGGCAAAACCAACAGCCAGUUUGAUUUUUGGAAUUUAUUAUAAGUUUUCUGCUGCUAUCUAACAACAUGUCACCUGAGUUGGAAGAGAACAGCCAAGAUGACAUCAGUCUCCCCCAGAUGGAGGCAGGGACCCUGUCCGAGGAGGAGGGCGGGGGGUCAGCUCGUCCCUUGGUGCCUGUAUCUGGAUCAGGCCCAGGGUGUGGUGAGGGCGGAGGAGCUGGCCCACCGCAGACCCAGGACUGGGGUGCAGCGGGGACUGGAAAUGGGGCAGCAGUAGUACCAGGGGUAGAGAGAGAAACAUGGACCAGACAGAUGGACUUCAUCAUGUCCUGCGUGGGUUUUGCUGUUGGCUUGGGCAACAUUUGGCGGUUUCCUUAUCUCUGCUACAAGAACGGAGGAGGAGUUUUCCUGAUCCCCUACUUGCUGAUCGUCUUCAUCGGGGGCAUCCCAGUUUUUUUCCUGGAGAUUGCACUGGGACAGUUCAUGAAGCAGGGAGGGGUCUCUGCGUGGAACAUCGCACCCCUCUUUAAAGGUCUGGGCUUGGCCUCAAUGGUGAUAGUGUUCUUCUGUAACACAUACUACAUCAUGAUUCUGGUGUGGGGCCUCUACUUUUUUUUCCACUCCUUCACCAGCCCACUGCCCUGGGCCACCUGUGGACAUCCCUGGAACACCCCCAACUGUACACAGGAUUUCCGCCACACCUGCUACAACCGCAGUGCAGCCCAGCCGCCUCUUCCGCCAUCUGCUGCCACCCCCUCCAAUGUCCUUUCCUCUGCGUCCCCAGUGAACCUGUCUUCAGCUCAGUUCCUCAUCAAUGGCAGCUGCAUGGAGGUUGAGGGCAUGCGCUCCCCAGUCAUCGAGUUCUGGGAGCGAAAAGUGCUCCGUCUGUCUGGUGGACUGCACGAGCCUGGUGACAUCAGCUACGAGAUGGUGCUGUGUCUCAUAGUCACAUGGCUCAUUGUUUACUUUUGCAUGUGGAAAGGAGUUAAAUCUACUGGCAAGGUUGUGUACUUUACAGCUCUGUUCCCUUACCUGGUUCUGAUUGUUUUUCUGGCCCACGGAGUUACUUUACCUGGCGCUUUAGAUGGGAUUGUUUACUACCUGAAACCAGACUGGUCCAAACUUGGAGAAGCACAGGUGUGGAUUGAUGCUGGCACGCAGAUUUUCUUCUCCUAUGCCAUUGGACUGGGUGCCCUGACCGCAUUGGGCAGUUAUAACCGCUUCCAUAACAACUGUUACCAGGAUGCAUUCGUGAUAGCCCUUAUUAAUAGUGGAACCAGUUUCUUUGCGGGCUUUGUGGUGUUCUCUGUGUUGGGCUUCAUGGCUGCUGAGCAAGGUGUGGACAUCAGCAAGGUUGCCGAGAGUGGUCCAGGCCUGGCCUUCAUAGCAUACCCCAAGGCUGUGACUUUGAUGCCUCUGGCACCACUCUGGGCAGCACUUUUCUUCUUUAUGUUGCUCAUACUGGGUCUGGACAGCCAGUUUGUAGGGGUAGAAGGUUUGAUAACUGGAAUCAUGGACAUGUUACCUCCAAAAUCUGCCCUGUGCUCUCUGCGGCGAGAGGUGGUAGCGGCCAUCUGCUGCCUCAUCUGCUUCCUCAUCGAUAUGUCCAUGGUCACAGAGGGAGGGAUGUAUGUCUUCCAGCUGUUUGACUACUACUCUGCCAGUGGCAUCACUCUACUGUGGCAGGCUUUCUGGGAGUGUGUGGUGAUUGCAUGGGUCUAUGGUGCAGACCGUUUCAUGGAUGACGUGGCUCGUAUGAUUGGCUAUCAGCCCCUACCCUACAUGAAGUGGUGCUGGUCCUACGUCACGCCAUUUGUUUGCGUGGGAGUGUUCCUGUUCCAUCUGGUGAACUACAAGCCCCUGACCUACAACACAGUGUACACAUAUCCCUUGUGGGGUGAAGCGCUUGGUUGGGCAUUGGCUCUGUCCUCCAUGCUCUGUAUCCCUGUAACUGUUCUCUACAAACUACUGCGAUGCAAAGGAUCUUUGCGGGAGCGGUGGCAGCACUUAACCACCCCAGUUUGGGGCAGACAUCACCUGGAGUACCUGGCCCCAGAGAGCGAGGCCAAACUGCUGCCCUCUGCAGGACCCAAAAGUACCCUUCUCUUUGAAAGUGUCAUCUGAUGAGCUGAGCCAAGUUCGCCCUUAACAUCAGCACACAUAUACAACAAACUGCACACAUUACAUGCACACCACACUGACCUGUUAAAAAGCAAAGUGCAGAUUAGUUAGCACCCUAUAGUUUUAAAGCUAUGGAAAAGCCUUGGACAUGCAGUAUGGACCAAAGAUUAGAUGGGAGAAGAACUGAAACACACCCACACCCAUACAGUCAUUACAGGCUGAUAUUCUCUCUGCUCUGCUUUCUGACACUACCUCGCUGACUCUCCCCUCUCGUUCUGCUUCCUGUGUUUGUGGUGUCCUGUCCCGUCUUGUUCAGUGAGUGUGAUUUGUCCAGUGUAGUUGCAAUAACUCCCCUUUAUUCAGCAGCCUUGUCCUAAUGUGGCAUGCCAUUUUUGUGUGAGUGAGCAGGAACUUAAAAGAUUCUGAUGAAUCUUUCAAAAUGAAAGACCCCAUAUCUGUUCCUGAUAUGCCAUAGUCUUAUUGUGCAAGGGUAUUUUUUAUUAUUAUUAUUAUUUUAUUUUAUUUUAUUUUUUUUGUGAUGGCAUAGCUGUACAUUCGUGGGCGUGCGAAUGUGUCUGUAAGAAUGCGUGUUGAACCAUGGCUUCAUUUAUAUGUACAGUAACAUUGCUUCUGGCCAGUGUUUUCUGACAACUGUAUUCUCUUAACUGUACAAAAAUCACUUCCAUUUGUAAAAAUAAUAAUAAUAAUCAGAGAAAAUGCAUCACCUCUUCCAGCUAACCUAAGUAUCCAAUGUAUUGUAGAGUCUGUGAAUCAGUGUUAAUAUUUGUAAAUAUUCGGAGGGCAUGAUGGUCAGUAUUUCUACUGUAAGAGAAGGAGAGAAACUUUAGACUGAGUUGUGCAAAGAGCAGGAAAUGGGCUUGUGGGGAGGGGAAAGAGAAGAUGCCACGACAGGAAAGAAGCAAUAAAUUACCAUAGGAAGAUGGAUGUAAUG